CUAUAAAUCUCUCCAAACUGCCCCUCUGCGCCCGGUGCGGUGUUAUGCGCAGACAUCUGUCCUGCUUUCAGUCCAGUAUGAGGACAACGCGUGUGGAAACUCUUCGAGCUACAUAGACACUAUCCAACCUGGAGAAAAAAAUGGAGAAUAAAUACCCCCAUGUGUGUUGUUUACCAUGUCCAGAUAGUGUCAGAUGUUGGCGAUUAUGAACAUUUAACGCAGUUGUGGAUAUAACGGCGCUUUCACUGUUUGUUUGUUUUUUUACCAAGAGGCAGACGAGAGCUUCUCGCACUCUGGGGAAACUGAUAUUGUGCACCUUUUGCGCCUCGCUUAUGCGCGGGAGACGCUGAUGUCUUCAUUGGACUCCUUUCAGUCGGAGAUGGUGGAACUCUCUCGGAUUUCCAACGUGGAAACGUAGCAUCUAAUUAAUCAGCGACUGCAACUGUACCCCGUGAGGCGCAGUGGCACUCGGUCCGCUCUCUUCAACACCUACCUUUGGACUCUAAAGUGUGGAAAGACGCACGGUUUAGUUGGUGCGCUGGGUCGGAGUAUGAAAAACACACCUGGUGCGGUAUAUCAGAUUUUUUUUUUUUCACACCAGGACACAAAACCCAAUUUGAACUCGAUUUAAGGACAUUUUUCGGAUCGUGGCUGUUUCCAAACGAUUCAUGCAGCUGAUUCAGCUUUGGGACACUAAAUGAGUCGCGUUUUGUGUUUGGAUUUUAACACCAACAGCCAAACGAGUUUCAGGUCUGCAUGGGCCAUAUUUAAGCUUUCUUCAUCGGAACUGAGUCUAAGAUGAAGUUAUGGGAUGUUUUGGCCACGUGUUUGUUGCUCCUGAGCUCUGUCGCUACACGGCCUCUCUACCAAAACACUCAGCCAGCCAAGAGGACUUAUUUCCCCAGCAGCUACAGUGAUUCUGCGUCCCUGUCUGAGGAGGACGAAGAGCCAACGUUCCAGCGCGAAGACCACAACCUGCAGGAGAUCUCUAUGGAAGAGCAAUAUGACAUCACAGGUCCAUAUCCAGAGCAGUUUGAUGAUGUAAUGGAUUUUAUCGAGGCUACCAUUGGCCGACUUCGGAGAUCGUCUGAGCCCAGAGGGAGCUUCAGGGGACGGAGGGAGCAGAGACAGAGGGGAGCAGCAAACACAGGAGGCACAAGAGGCGAGGGGAGAGGACAUAACGAAAGGAAGCGGGGUCGGGCGCGAGGGGGAAGUCGAGGUGGUAAGGGAGGCCGAGGCGAGAAGGGGAGGGAGAGGAUAUCGAUGCAGACUCGAGGUUGCUUACUAAAGGAGGUCCACCUCAAUGUGACGGACUUGGGGCUGGGCUACCAGACUAAAGAGGAGCUGAUCUUCCGGUACUGCAGCGGUCCCUGUGCAGAGGCAGAGACCAACUAUGACAAGAUUCUCAACAACCUCACACACAACAAGAAGCUGGACAAGGACACGCCCUCUGUCACCUGCUGUCGACCAAUUGCUUUCGAUGAUGACUUAUCUUUCUUGGACGACAAUGUGGUGUAUCACACUCUGAAGAAGCAUUCUGCCAGGAAAUGUGGCUGUGUCUGAGAAAGUCACAUGGAUGUGACAAAAUGACAGACAUGACCAGCAUCAGUGAACUAAGGAUCAUCUUUACACGCCUGUGCUGCAAAAGGAGGGAUCACUAUUUGAAAUGGGCAAGUUGAGGUUGAAGAGGGAGUGUAUUGUCUCAAAUUUUUGUCAGUAGUCAUCAAAUGAGACACAGGUGAGUAUAUAAAGCCCACCUUUGUGACCUGAAAUAUGACGGAACAGCGGCAGACUGUACAUUUAACUUUGACGGUCCAUGCUCAGCCAUUCAGAACCCAUGACCAGUAGUUGACGGUUCAAUCAGACACAUGCAGAAGUGUAUGAGGUGUGUAUCAAUAUGCAGAAGAAACACUAUUGUCACACUGUGGAGUGCUAACUGUGCUGUCUAAAAAGGUGAAUAAUUAAUUUUCCUGGGAACAUCAGUUUUUCCAUAGCUGGCUCCUAAGACUCUGAUGAACACUGAGAUUUGAGGAGUAUAUUCAGCUGCAGUCUAAAUCACCUCCACUGCAUAGUCUGGAUGUUGACAUUUACAUUCAGAGCCAAGGGAUGACAAAUCAACCCCAACCGGUGUUCCACAAAGACUUUUUGGUGCAACGCAUCUACAUAAAAUCCAAUUUUAUAUAUAUAUAUAUAUAUAUAUAUAUAUAUACAUACAUAUAUAUAUAUACACGUGUGUGUAAAAGGUAUAUUUAUUAAGAUGGAAUUAACUUAUUGCUAUUUAUUUCAAUCCAUUUUAUGAAAGAAAUUGUUGUUUUUUUCUUAUUUAUUUAAAAAGCUUUGUUUGUCCUGGAUGGUGCCAAAGUGGAGCAUUUUCUCAAGCAAAGUCUAAAAAGGUGAUCCAGAACUGCUAAACACUCACCCACACAUCCUAAUAAUGCUUAUUCGCUUCACUUAGAUUCCAGGGUUUCUCAAUUUAUCCAAAAGAUCAUCAUCAGCUAUAAAGUUAAGGGAGGGUAGAUAGAGACACAGACGAGGGGACCAAUAGAAGAUUUUCGAUUGAAAUUGAUCUGUUUUUUUUUUUUUUUGAGCAUUUUCAUUUGUUUUAUAUUUCACCUCAUUUUCCCCAGUGGGACUAUGCUAAGACAGGGGGGACUGCGCUCUCCUCACAGCACCUGGGUGCAGACUCCUAAUCGAUCUAUCACAUCAUUAUACUGUAUGUUUACAAAGAGGCAAAUGACUCUUUGCUGCUGUUUGUUUUCAAGGCAAUUUUUUUUUCAAAUGAAUGAUCCAGAAUAUAUUUACUCCAAACAGGAGCCAUCACAUCGUUUAAUUGAGGUCUCAACUCAACAUGAGAGUAGUGGUCUCUCUGAGGAUCUGUAGGUGCCUUUGAGGAUCAAUCCUUUGAGUCACAGAAUACAGAAGCUGCUAGAAUGCCUGCCUAUCAGCGUGCGCUACCCGAAACCUCUCUCUGGCCUUGUACCAAGCCUGAGCAAAGGCUUUGCAGCGGUUACUUCUAAGUUCACAGGACUGCCCGUGUUUCUGCCUUGACUCUGACAGACAGGUCUUACUCCCUGAAAGGGGAUUUGAAAGUGAUCCUCUAACAUGAGUCUUAACCAAAUAUCCCCGUUGGCAAAGGCACUUUGGUGAAGGCAGUUUAAGGAAGAUCUCGCUACUGUAGCGGCUGUCGUCGCCAACCGAUGUAAAUAUCUCAAGACUAGACGUUUGGACAAAAGAAUGUGUUUUGGAAUUACAGAGGGAAGACAAUGGGUGGGUACAGCAGGCUUUCUUCAUGUAAUAACUUGUUUAUUCCCCAACUGUACAAAAAAAUAUACAUCCAGGAAAAUAGGAGGCUCUUUAAAAGCAUGUUGCUUUGCCCACCGAGACCCUGCGAGGGGAUCGUUUUAAGUGGAACAAAGAGAGCCCUCGGGUAGGUCUUGAUGUUAGCGCGGAUUAGGGACCAAGGUAUCUGUGCCCACCCAGCAGCAAGCAAGCCAGCUUUACUGUGUAAUCCCCCUGAACACACACAACAAAUCCACUGCAUCAAGCUGAAUUUAGGCCAAACACUACACAGAGGGAGAAAAAAAACUCAAGCUUUUAUCACAGCAUACCUCAUCAAUUGGAUCAUCUUCCCCUUUAACAACUGAUUCGUGCGUAAGCCUUUCCAGAUGAGAAUGUGCAGUAAGGAGACUUCCCAGAAGCCUCAGAGCGCCUCGCUACUCUUCGAUACCAUACAUUAAUGUGUGUAAACUGUGACCACUAGGCCUCUCAUCUUCAUGACUCUUUGCUCAACUGUUCCUCGGCAAUUAGUUUUCUGGUUUUGAUGCAAAGGUAAACAAGCAGAAAAAGGUAAAGAUGCGAAGGAAUCCUCAGUGUUAAUAUUUGAAGAAAGGAUUGGAUUUGUUUUCACUCCUCAUUGUGUUAACACCUCUGUGAAAAAACCUGUCAUGUCGUCUCACUUGUUUCGUGUUACAGAACCAAAGCUCUCGGCAAACUUUAUUUUUGUACAAUAUUCAUUUUAUAACUUUUUACAGAAUUAAACUUGUUUCUAUCAAAUGA